ACCCACUCCCGAAAUCCACAGGGGGCCGUGGGCCAUCUGAUUGGUCCAGGAUGAGGCAGGAAGGGGGGACGGGGACCGUGUCAUCAUGUCUCCUUAAAACCCAGUGCCGCUAUGUGGCGGUGAGAACAGAGGAGCCAAAAAGGCGCACGGAGUGUCUCGCAGUGAAUUCAUCCAAAGUGCCUUCUCCUCCUGCCAACAUGCCGAGAGGGUUUCUGGUGAAACGGAACAGGAAGACUAACCCGGUGUCCUACCGGAUCCGAUCGGAGGAAGAGGCAGCGGAUGAUGCGCCUCCGUCCUCCGCGAUCUCGGUGCGCACAAUGACGCCGACGCCCACCUGCGGGGCGGCGGCCACGGCGGCUCCGGAGCACGAUGUCAAACCGGUUCAGUUUGGGAACCCGGAGGCGGUGUACCAGGCUCUGUACAGCCCCACCCGGCCCGUCAGCCAGGACCACGAGAAGCGCUUCAGCCUGGGGUCGCCGGUCUCUGCAGAGUCCUUCCCGACACCGGCCGCCCUCACUGCUCUGGAUCACCUCUUCGCUCCUGUGGACCUGAAAAUCGACUCCAGCAACAGCACCAGAACCGACACCGCCGCAGCCGCCACCGGAUCCAAACGCCCGUCGAGCGACAGCGAGCGCAAAGGCAAACCGGCGUCCAAGAAAACCAAAGCGAUCCGGAGGCUGCACUUUGAGGACGACGUCACCACCUCCCCGGUCCUCGGGCUCAGAAUCAAGGAGGCUCCGGUGGAGCUGAAGCCGCUCGGACUUGCCGGUGACGUCCCGCUCGGUGAGUUCGUGUGCCAGCUGUGUCGGGAGGCGUACGCAGACCCGUUCGCCCUGGCUCAGCAUAAGUGCUCCAGAAUAGUCCGGGUCGAGUACCGGUGUCCCGAAUGUGACAAAGUGUUUAGCUGCCCCGCCAAUCUGGCGUCACACCGGCGGUGGCACAAACCGAAGCAGGAGAGCGAAAAGUCGGUCCGGGCUGCACCGGAAGACCUGAAGGAUUCUGACAGGGAAACCCCCAGUCCCGGCCCGUCCGAGUCCGGCUCCGAGGAGGGGAUGUACGACUGCAGUCACUGUGGGAAAAGGUUCAAGCGCCAGGCGUACCUGCGCAAACACCUGGCGGCGCAGCACGCGCCUCCAAAGGCGUGCGAGGACGAGGACGCGUCGGGCCACGAGCCGAGCGCGGCGCCGCUCAACCUGAGCGCGUCCGGCGGCUUCCGGUGUCCCGUGUGCGGUGAGAACUUUUCCAGCAGGGGGGGCCAGGAGAGGCAUGUCCGCCUGCUGCACGCCGCGCACGUGUACCCGUGCAAAUACUGUCCCGCCAUCUUUUACAGCUCACCGGGACUCACGAGGCACAUCAACAAAUGUCACCCGUCCGAGAACCGCCAGGUGAUCCUGCUGCAGGUUCCGGUCCGGCCCGCCUGCUGAUCCCGUCUGUUUUCUACAUACAC